AUGGCGUACCAACGAGAGCCGUGUGAUACCUACUUUGUAGAAUCAGACGACUCCACCUACCAACAACCAUCAAUGCGAGAUAAUCUUAAGAUGAAGAUUCUUCAAAGAAGGGAGCAGAUGGCCAAUGAGUUGUCAAGACUGGCCAGUGAUUUGUACAUUGAAGAUAUCACAAAACACAUGCACCAGAUGGAGAUGGAUACUCUUCCAGACGUCGCUUCCAUUGACAUACAGCAAGAAAUCCAAUGGUUCAUGCGUCCCUAUCUCAUUGACUUCCUCAUCGAAGCCCACGCUGCUUUCCAAUUGCUCCCAGAAACUCUUUUUCUCGCUGUCAACCUCCUCGAUCGAUAUUGCUCAAAAAGAGUGGUGUACAAGAGACAUUACCAAUUGGUUGGAUGUGCUGCUUUACUCAUCGCUGCCAAGUAUGGUGACAAGAAAGAUCGUGUGCCAAUGAUUAGAGAGUUGAAGUCAAUGUGCUGCUCCCUCUACGACGAGGAAAUGUUUACCCAGAUGGAAUGGCACGUCCUGAACACUCUGGAGUGGGUUAUUGGUCACCCAACCAUUGAUACAUGGAUGACGUUGAAGUUGAAAGAUCAGAACGAGGACCUCCAGGUUGAACAUAUGGCAUUGUACCUUUCCGAGAUCUCAUUGUACCACAAGGAAUUUGUCUCACGGAAGCCUUCAGUCAUGGCACAUGCAUCAAUCACUCUUGCUCGUGCUAUUCUUGGCCGCCCUUAUGACGAACAUUCAGAACAACUCGAGCACGAAGUACAAUCGGCAAUGAUUGAUCUUUCCCAGAAGCUUGAUAGACCAUCCCAGGUUCUCUUCCGCAAGCACGUAUCUCCACAUACGUCUCGCGUCUCUUCGAUCGUUGAUGCUUUCCUCCGCCAACAAGAGAUGCUCAGUAGAGCCCGCAAUCCACCAACACCACCAGUCGAAAUUCCAUCAAUUCAGAAGCCGGUCUCUCAUCAAGACUUGUAUCCAGGAACUCCUCAGAAGCCGUACGGCAACACUACCAUCAAUGGAUAUCUGACUCCACCAAUCACACCUGAUGGUGAAUAUUUUGUCAAUGGACAGCAAUAUGCUAAAGGGUUUCCACAGCCACCUCGAUGUCCUGUAACCCCAACACCGCAAAUGAAUCAUCAUGCCUAUCAAGGUCAACAUUAUCAGGCGUACCGACAAGACCUAGAAAUGUAUUGA